GUGCGGUACGGUGUGCACUGGUACUAUAGUAUAGACCCACGGAAGUUGGAACUACUAAACUUCUGUAACUCGGCGACCUGCAUCUACAGACACCGCCCACGCCCCAUCUGUGACAACUCUACCGCCACGACGCUUUCCAGAAUCAAACGUUAGUAACGGUUGGAACAAAAGCCCAACUUAACCGAGCCGGUAUCGACUACCACCACUUGAAGGACUAUAUCGCCGAUACCUCGUUUCAUAAGCGAGAAACAGACCGCUUCGCUAGUAGAUCCUUCUCGACUUCAAAAAGGUCGAGAUGUUGCCCGUUCUACUUCUUGUGCCCGUGGCAUACGGAGUUCUCUACGUCUUGACUUGAAAGACGGAAAUACAAUAAUUAUAAUACCAAUCACAUCACGAUACCUCACCACACGACCCAAACACAACUGGUAUACUACAUGAUAACGCAUCACACACACACAUACCGACGUGAAGAAUACAUCCCAACAACGCACCACGACACAAGCGAUUCUGUUGGCAAAGCCAGGUCAAGUGGUGGAAGAAAGUAAAGUCGACGAGCACAUACAAUCAUGACACGCACACCACAACCGCGGACUUCCUCAUCAUCUUCAAUGGCACCACGACCUCAAUCCGGUGUCAGUAGCGGCCGCGCUGUCCGUUCAGCUCGAACUUCUACCCUCCUCUACAGCGUUCCCGAAGCAGCUUCUUCCCGUGACAACACCUCGACGUCUGACUCCAGAGGCACAUCAAAGAAACAGAAACGAGUCAGCCAACUCAACACUCAUCUCGAACAUCUCUUCGGCAGCCCUCAAGGACGGAGUCAAAAAGAUAGCAUUGAAAUGUUAGAGGGUACAUAUGGGGGUUUAGCUUGGGAUCCAGAGGAGUUGGCGAGGCUGAGCUUGAGCAGUCGGGAUUCUCGAGAGCAGAGUCCAGCGACGUCGUCAAGUCGUGGAGGCUCCGCUUCACCUCGUAUGCCUUCUUCGCCUAGGAUGCCUUCUUCACCCAGAAUGCCUUCUUCACCUUCUGUUGCGCCGGGACAGAGCGCGAGGAGAUCACUUCACUUUCAACAACAGCCGAAUAGUCCGCUGAGGAAGUCUUUUGCGUGUUAAAAGGUUUGGGAGCGGAUCUGAUUUGAUUGAUUUGAGACAUCCGUAUGACGCAAAGCUGGAAUGCAUUGUUGUCGGAGAGGAGAAGAAAGAAAAACGUCCUGUCCUGACCUGAUUAGGUACCUGAGGUAUGCUACCUAUACAGAAGGUGGAGGAGCUGGCUGGCUGUGAAAAGUCUAGGUGCAUGCAGUGCACAGUAUGCAUUCGUGGAAAGACGAUGGAGGAGAUGAAGAAAGACAGAGAGAUAUACCACCAAUAGGUAUCAUACAACAGAGAUCACACCACAGUAUCUGAC